AUGUCUAAUCUGGGCAAAAUAAUUGUUCUUCUUCCUUUCCUUUUCGCAUGCGUUUUCGCGAGGCUUUCUUCUCUCGAUCCUGUUGAGGAAAGAAAGCCAAUCAAUGUCCACGAAAAUUAUGGUGGAAUCACCACCAGAAAAGAUGGCUAUGGAUCCGAUAAUCAGGAUGACGAAUCGGGUCCGUACUACGAUAAUGGAGACGGAAAGGACGAGGAAGGAAACAAAAAUUGGCCUAGAGGUGAACAUGGAUUCCCAUUACUGUUCCCGUUCCCAUUCUCAUUCCCAUGGUUUGGCAACCACGGCCAACCACGAAAAGAACCCGAAGAAUCGGCCCCAGCUGCCACCAAAAUCGAGCCGAAACCGGAUUUUGAGACAAACUUCCUAGGUUCAUGGAAGGUGGACAAUCCAAAUUCUGGUGUUGCAGCCAUGCACGUACAAUUGUUGCCAAAUAACAAGGCUGUUUGGUACGAUACCGUGAACCUAGGUAGAUCGGACAUCCUGGCCCACCCUCCAGCAUGCCGUCGUCUCGUAGGAGGGAGACGGGGUGAUAGAGGACUCGACUGCACUGCUCAUGCCAUUGAGUACGAUAUAGAGACAGCCCAACUCAGAACCAUGAAGAUGGAAUAUGAUCCAUGGUGCUCGUCAGGUGGAAUGUCACCAGAUGGAGCCCUAGUCAGCACAGGUGGUAAUCAAGAAGGAUUUCGAACCCUCAGAAUUUUCAAUCCAUUCAGAGACUUCGAGUUUCAAGAAAAGCCGGGAGCACUUUCAGCCAAUAGAUGGUAUGCCACACAAAUUCUGCUGGAAAACGGUAGCUUUGUUGUGGUCGGUGGUCGUGCCGCACACAACUACGAAAUAAUUCCAUCAGAUAAACUGAAUUUUCCAAUUCAACAAUUUGGCCUACCCUUCCUUGAAGAAACACAGGAUGAGAAAGAGAAUAAUCUCUACCCAUUUGUUAAUCUACUCCCAGAUGGGAACAUUUUUGUAUUUGCAAACUACAAAUCUAUCAUCCUCAACCCUUACACCGGAGAAACCAUUCGCAACCUCCCUGACUUGGUUGGUGGUUCCCGUAACUACCCGGCUUCAGGAAUGUCAGCACUACUCCCGAUCAAUCUCAAUGUAGAAAACCCAGAAAACGUAGAUGUCGAAGUGAUUGUCUGUGGUGGCAACACGCGUGAUGCAUUCAAGUUUUCUGAGUUACCGCCAAGAAAAUUCUUCCCUGCAUUUAAAGACUGUGGAAGGCUAAGCCUUUCUAAACAAGGAGCUCAGUGGGAGAAAGAAGAUAUGCCAUCACCACGAACCAUGGGGGACUUGCUGCUUCUUCCAACUGGAGAUGUACUCAUAACCAACGGUGCAAAGGCAGGUACAGCAGCAUGGGAUGCUGCAGAAACUCCGAAUCUCACACCUGUACUCUAUAGUCCCAACAAAAAUAAGGGUAAAAGAUUCAAGGAAUUAACACCAACAAACAUACCUCGUAUGUACCAUUCAAUUUCUGCAGUUUUACCUGAUGGACAAAUCCUUAUAGCCGGAAGCAACACCAAUGAAUACUAUAAAUUCAACAAAAUAGACAAUCCCGAAAUGAUUUAUCCUACUGAAUUGACCGUCGAGAAAUUCUCACCACCAUAUCUGGCUCCUGAGCUUCAGCAAUAUAGACCACAGAUACUAGAGGUCCUUUCAGACAAAAAUCUCAAGUACAGACGUGAAUUCAUAGUGCAGAUCAGAUUAUAUGCACAAAUUGAUCAGUCUGAUAUUAAGGUGACUAUGUACUCACCACCAUUCACAACCCAUGGGUACUCCCAGAACCAAAGAUUGCUUAUUUUGGGGCUCAAGCAAGUGACAAAAAGAUUUAUUACUGUGGUUGCACCCCCAUCAGGGAAGCUUGCUCCUCCCGGCUACUAUCUUCUCUUUGUUGUUCAUCGUGGAGUGCCAAGCCAAGGAAUGUGGGUGCACAUCAAGUAA